ACGCCGCGCGAGCGCGGGAGGGGGGACCGCGCGCCCUCUCGUCGCGGGAAACGCUUCUCGGGAGCGUAGGCGCUCGCCACACAAUCCUGCCCGCCAAGUCACGAGGGCCGUGGGGAGGCCCGGAAGUGCGGGCGCCCCGGAGGACGGAGCCGACCGGAAGUGCGGCGCCGUCGGCGCAGGGCUCGGCGGGAAAUGUAGUCCCAUGAGGGCGGCCCGGGGCGGUGGCCGCACGUCCCGCGGGCCCGGUGGCCCAUUGCGCGUGGACCCGGCAUGGCGGGGCCGGGGGGCUCGGGAGGCCCGAUCGGGGCCGCGGCCCUGGCCGGCGGCGCGCGGUCCAAGGUGGCCCCGAGCGUGGACUUUGACCACAGCUGCUCGGACAGUGUCGAGUACCUGACGCUCAACUUCGGGCCCUUUGAGACCGUGCAUCGCUGGCGGCGCCUCCCGCCCUGCGACGAGUUCGUGGGCGCCCGGCGCAGCAAGCACACGGUGGUGGCCUAUAAAGAUGCCAUCUAUGUAUUUGGUGGAGACAAUGGGAAGACGAUGCUCAACGACCUCCUUCGCUUCGACGUGAAGGACUGCUCCUGGUGCAGGGCCUUCACCACCGGGACCCCUCCGGCCCCCCGCUACCACCACUCGGCCGUCGUCUACGGCAGCAGCAUGUUUGUCUUCGGGGGCUACACUGGGGACAUUUAUUCCAAUUCCAACUUGAAGAAUAAAAAUGACCUCUUUGAGUACAAGUUUGCGACUGGCCAGUGGACGGAGUGGAAAAUUGAAGGACGGUUGCCAGUCGCUCGGUCGGCCCACGGGGCCACAGUGUACAGCGACAAGCUGUGGAUCUUUGCCGGCUACGAUGGCAACGCCAGGUUGAAUGACAUGUGGACCAUCGGCCUCCAGGACCGGGAGCUCACGUGCUGGGAGGAGGUGGCCCAGAGCGGCGAGAUCCCGCCCUCCUGCUGCAACUUCCCUGCGGCCGUGUGCCGGGACAGGAUGUUCGUCUUCUCAGGCCAGAGCGGGGCCAAGAUAACCAACAACCUCUUCCAGUUCGAGUUCAAGGACAAGACUGGCUGCCUCGCCGGGCGGGUGCCAGCCUCCUGCCCUGCCACUGCUGCCUGCUCCACGCUGGGGGAUGAGGGCGAGACAGGACCCCACGCUGGGCUGCGAGGAGCCAGGCAGAGCUGUUGCCAGGGUGAAAUGGGGCGGGGGGCUCAGAGGGGGAGGCUGCACUGCUGGUCCACAUGCAGCCUGAACACGCAUGACAGGUGGACACGCAUCCCCACCGAGCACCUGCUCCGGGGCUCCCCGCCGCCCCCACAGCGGCGCUAUGGGCACACCAUGGUGGCCUUUGACCGCCACCUCUACGUGUUUGGGGGUGCGGCCGACAACACGCUCCCCAACGAGCUGCACUGCUAUGACGUGGACUUCCAGACCUGGGAGGUCAUCCAGCCAAGCUCCGACAGCGAGGUCGGCGGGGCCGAGAUGCCCGAGCGAGCGUCUGCUUCCGAGGAGGUGCCCGCGCUGGGCUCCGAGGAGCGGGGCGGCUGCAAAAAGUCCCGGGAUGUGUUUGGCCUGGACUUCGGCAGCACCACCAACAGGCAGCCCACCCUGCCGGCCUCAGAGCUGCCCAGCGGAAGGCUGUUCCACGCGGCCGCCGUGAUCUCUGACGCCAUGUACAUCUUCGGGGGCACCGUGGACAACAACAUCCGCAGCGGGGAGAUGUACAGGUUCCAGUUCUCCUGCUACCCCAAGUGCACGCUGCACGAGGACUACGGGCGCCUGUGGGAGAGCCGCCAGUUCUGCGAUGUGGAGUUCGCGCUGGGCGAGAAGGAGGAGUGCGUGCAGGGCCACGUGGCCAUCGUCACGGCGCGCAGCCGCUGGCUGCGCAGGAAGAUCGUGCAGGCGCGCGAGCGGCUGGCUCAGAAGCCGGACGAGGAGGCGGCCCCGGCGCCCAGGGAGGGCCCCGCUGCGGGCGCGGGCGUGGGCGCGGGCGCGGCCCGGCCGCCCCUGCUGCGCGUGGCCAUCCGCGAGGCCGAGGCGCGGCCCUUCGAGGUGCUCAUGCAGUUCCUCUACACGGACAAGAUCAAGUACCCGCGCAAAGGCCACGUGGAGGACGUGCUGCUCAUCAUGGACGUGUACAAGCUGGCGCUGGGCUUCCAGCUGUGCCGCCUGGAGCAGCUGUGCCGCCAGUACAUCGAGGCCUCGGUGGACCUUCAGAACGUGCUGGCGGUGUGCGAGAGCGCCGCCCGCCUGCAGCUGGGCCAGCUCAAGGAGCACUGCCUGAACUUCGUGGUGAAGGAGUCCCACUUCAACCAGGUGAUCAUGAUGAAGGAGUUUGAGCGCCUCUCGUCCCCUCUGAUCGUGGAGAUCGUGCGGCGCAAGCAGCAGCCGCCUCCCCGCGCCCCCUCGGACCAGCCUGUGGACAUCGGCACGUCGCUGAUCCAGGACAUGAAGGCGUACCUGGAGGGGGCGGGCGCGGAGUUCUGUGACAUCACGCUGCUGCUGGACGGGCACCCGCGGCCAGCCCACAAGGCCAUCCUGGCCGCCCGCUCCAGCUACUUCGAGGCUAUGUUCCGGUCCUUCAUGCCCGAGGAUGGCCAGGUGAACAUCUCCAUUGGGGAGAUGGUGCCCAGCAGGCAGGCCUUCGAGUCCAUGCUGCGCUACAUCUACUACGGCGAGGUCAACAUGCCGCCCGAGGACUCUCUCUACCUGUUCGCGGCGCCCUACUACUAUGGCUUUUACAACAACCGGCUGCAGGCGUACUGCAAGCAGAACUUGGAGAUGAACGUGACGGUGCAGAACGUGCUGCAGAUCCUGGAGGCGGCGGACAGGACGCAGGCGCUGGACAUGAAGCGGCACUGCCUCCACAUCAUCGUGCACCAGUUCACCAAGGUGUCCAAGCUGCCCACGCUGCGCUCGCUGAGCCAACAGCUGCUGCUGGACAUCAUCGAGUCCCUGGCCUCCCACAUCUCGGACAAGCAGUGCGCAGAGCUGGGUGCCGACAUAUGAGGGCCCACACGGUGCCACCCCCCCCCCCCCCAUCACCCGCUGCAGAGACUGUGCUCCACGCUUGGGCCUGUGGCUGCAGGAGCGGGUGCCCAGGGCCUCCGAAGGGAGCUGAGGGGACGUGGGGGACUCCAAAUGCCCCGUCUCACUGCUGAGGACACAGGUCCCACAGGAAGUGGAUGGUGAAGGGGGACCCUGGUCACACCCUCUCCUGGGGUGGAGGUGUGAGGGGGCAGCCAGGGCGCGGCGGUGAGGACCCUGCAGGGGUCCUGGGCAGGGCCCAGGCCGGGAGGGGAGCCCACCGGGGAGCUGGCUUUGGGCCCCCACCACCCGCAGGGACCCCGCAUGGCUUGUGCGUCCAGCCCCUGGGUCAUGUUGCCAAGAUCCCUCCAUGUGGGGGCCACACAGCAGCCCAGACCCUCGUCAAAGUCUACGUAAGGGUCCCCUCCUGCCACCCAGAACUUGGGCAGAGGGAGUCCAACUCCAGAAGAAUUUUCAGGUGUGAAGGGCACUGAGGUCAGCUCCCAGCCUGCAGGGUCAGCCACUCCGGACUGGGCCAGGCAUCCAGACAGGCUGCAGGAUCCCACCCUCCCGUGUGUGCCCUGGGGCCCCGCGCUGUGCCAGGGAGCCGUCAGAAGAGAUGCCCUGGGUCCCUGUCUGUUGCUAAGUACAGUAUUUAUUGUCGUAGCCUUGCCUCAUUAAAGCCACAGCAGUGCUACCUGCACCUGGAUCACAGUGCACAGUCCACACUGGUGGCUGCAGCCCUCGGUCCUCCCGGAGCUGAGGCCAACCGCAUGGUCGCAUGGCUCAGGAUAAGCCAGUCUUGCCUGGUUCUGCUCAGGCCACCAGCUGCCCACCCCCACCUGGGGUGCCCCGGUCACGUAGCGGGAGGGCUGGCGGGAGGAACGCAGGCCCGCCUGUGGCCUCGUCCCACCUGAGAGGAGCCCUUGGGGACCCGGAGCCUGGCUCCCGGGCUGCCCUGCAGGCUCCUGGCUGGGCUGGGAAACUAAGUACCAGCCACCGAGUCCUUCCCCAUCCCAACAGAAGGUGGACAGAGGUCCACCCUGGUGGGGAAGACACCAUUCUGCCUCUCUUCUGGGAACAAGAACCCUUCCUCCGUGCGCGAGGAAGCCACUGUGGGGGAGACAGUCUCUCUCUCCUGGGCCUUAGAGCGCGUUUCCUGCCUCCGGUUGUGCCCCACGUAAACGCAGAACCUGCAACUCCUAGCGCUCACUGAAGAGCUCCAGGUGGACACCCUCAGGCGCAGAGCAUGCACCUGUAGGCCCAGCAGACUAGGAAAUGACCUGUGUGCCCUGGCCGGUCUGCGGGAUUGGGCGCCACCUGUGACCCUGGUCCGUGUCCGCCUCCGGUAACGGCCAUUUAACUCCCGGGCACAACGUGAAGAAACGAAGGUGCGCUCCCAAGGCCCCAGCGCACAACACGGUGUGGCCUCUUCCAGGACUGGAAAGAAUCCACGUGUGCGGAUAAGCACCACACACGGAGCUGCUGAUCACAGGCACGGGACGGCCUGCCACGUUCCUGAUGAACUGAUGGAAAAUGAGGACACGGGCUGAGGCCGGCACCGCUGCCCACGUGCCUGGCCCUCUGCUCCCCGCACACCUCCUCCCAGACCGCUGGUGGCCAGAACAGCCCCUGCGGGGCCUCACUACGUGCCAGGAGGCCAGUCAUCGCCACUCUUGUCCCUGUUUCAGAUGGCAGAGGCCUGGUAACAAGUUGGGGGCUGACCAGCAGCUGGAGCCCAGGCACUCGGCCAGGUCUGACUCUGGGCAGACUGGGCCUGGAGACAGAAGCUUGCUGUUUCCCUGAAGAGGAACUGAGCGCACCCUGGGUGUCACGGGUGUCUUUUGAAAGCAGCUGGCUACAUCAAGGUGGUGUCAGGUGCCAAGGAAAGGGUGCCCGGCAUUGCCCCCUAACUUCUACCCACACGACCCCUCAGAGAGCCCUGUGGGGCACAGAGCCGUACGGGGAAGGCUGGCCAAGGGCUUGGAC